GUCAUUCAGCGGAGUUGCGCGCACGGAGCGGAGGUCUGUCGGCUGUUGCUGUGUUCAGUGAGAGUGUGUGAGCGUUUUGAGUAAGGUUACUCAUAGAAACACGGCUAAAAUAGCGGAGAUAAGUGCGUCCGUGCCAAAGCAUGGAUACGAAUAAACAAAAGGAAACUUACAGACGGAAAGUUUAACCCGGAGGAUCAGUGGCAGAGCUUUCCAAAGUGGACACAAAGUGAGGAGCGAGAUGCACUUCUUUAAAUGGGAUUUGUUGUUGUUUUUUCUUUGCUGUAAAGUACUUCCAGUGGUGCACUGCUUCACCGUUCACAUCAGCGAGGAUGCGGGGCCAAGGACAGUGGUGUCCGGUGUGGAGCAGGACGCGAGAUGCACUUUGGACCAAGUGCUUGCUCCUAAAUUCACAGAGCGCUUUUUGGACACGGACUCAUCACGGGGUAUUGUGUUUAUCACGGACUUUGUAAAGUGCUCUUGGCUGCGCUCCAACCCGUUUACGGUGUACACUGUGUGGGAUUGUGCGGACCUCUCCUCCGGCUAUAGGCACCUAGUGACCAGUCAGUGGGACGUGUAUGUUCACGGCAGGAACUGUUCAAAUAAACGCACUAAACCUCAAUGGGACAUGGAGGUACUCAGUUUGUUCAUAGGCCACAGACACCAACAUCGCACCGAAUGCCACCAGGCGGACUCUGCUCUGUUCCCCGUGGGGGGUCUUGUGCCGGGACUCCUCCACAGAUGCAGAGUGACCAACACCAGGGACUUCUACUUGUCUGAGGGUAACUUGUUUGUGUCUGAGACUCUGUGCUGGCUUCAGGACUCUCUGUUUGAAUUAGAUCUGCUAUGUGACAUUGAGAAGGACUUUAAAGUUAGUCCUGUGUCCAUCCACUGGCGCGUGGGGCAGGGCCCCUUUAGACAGGAGCAUCUGUCCCAGCUCUUAGAGAAGGCAGCUCAGUCUGAUUCAGGGAUAGUGAGCCGUAGUGGGAGGAGGAGGAGAAGCAUCAACAGCAGCCCCCAGUUCCAGCCCCCAAUGUACCAAGUGUCUGUGUCUGAGAACAAGCCGGCCGGGGCUCCUGUGGUGGUUUUGAAAGCUGUGGACAUGGAUGAGGGGGAGGCAGGGCGCUUGGAGUACUUUAUUGAGGCUCUCUUUGAUAGUCGCUCUAAUAACCUGUUUGCUGUUGACCAGGCCUCUGGGGCUGUAUCCACUGUGGAUGUGUUAGAUAGAGAGACAAAGGACACUCAUGUGUUUCGUGUGACUGCAGUGGACCACGGCACACCACGCCGCACAGCUAUGGCCACACUGACCAUCACAGUCAGUGACACCAAUGAUCAUGAUCCUGUGUUUGAGCAGCAGGACUACAAGGAGAGUAUAAGGGAAAAUCUAGAAAUAGGCUAUGAAGUUUUAACUGUGAGAGCUACAGACGGUGAUGCACCAGUAAAUGGUAACAUCCUGUAUCACAUUAUUAACAGUAAUGGCACUAAUGAUGUGUUUGAGAUUGACUCCAGGUCUGGUGUGAUCCGCACCAAAGGCCUCGUGGACAGAGAGGAGGUAGACUCAUAUUUACUCAUAGUAGAGGCCAAUGACCAGGGUCGUGACCCUGGGCCACGCAGUGCCACUGCCACAGUGCACAUUGUGGUGGAAGACGAUAAUGAUAAUGCCCCUCAGUUCAGUGAGAAGCGCUACGUUGUGCAGGUGCCAGAGGACAUGAACCCCAACACUGAGAUCCUGCAGGUUACCGCCACUGACCAGGAUCGAGGAAGCAAUGCUAUGGUGCACUUCAGCAUCAUGAGUGGCAACACCAGAGGCCAAUUCUACAUUGAUGCUCAAACGGGCAAAAUGGACCUGGUCAGUCACCUGGACUAUGAAGCCAACAAGGAAUACACUCUGAGGAUCAGGGCUCAGGAUGGGGGCCGUCCUCCUCUGUCUAACAUCAGUGGGCUGGUGACAGUUCAAGUGUUAGAUGUGAAUGAUAAUGCACCUAUUUUUGUCAGCACCCCCUUCCAGGCCACUGUACUGGAGAACGUGCCACUGGGAUACUCCAUCAUACACAUCCAAGCUGUGGACGCAGACUCCGGGGACAACUCCAGACUGGAGUAUCGCCUCACAGAGACCACUCCAAACUUCCCCUUCAGCAUCAACAACAGCACCGGCUGGAUCGUGGUAGCUGCCGAGCUGGACAGAGAGAGUGUGGACUUUUACAAUUUUGGAGUUGAAGCCCGGGACCAUGGGUACCCUGUGAUGUCCUCCUCUGCGAGCAUCAGUAUGACUAUUCUAGAUGUCAAUGACAACAACCCUGAGUUUACCCAGAAAGCUUAUUACAUGCGGCUGAACGAGGAUGCGGCCGUUGGGACUAGCGUAGUGACAGUGUCAGCUGUGGACCAGGACAUCAAUAGUGUAGUGACGUAUCAGAUAUCCAGCGGAAACACCCGCAACAGGUUCUCCAUCACCAGUCAAAGUGGCGGAGGACUGAUCACUCUGGCCCUGCCUUUAGAUUAUAAACUGGAGCGGCAGUACAUGCUCACGGUCACCGCCAGCGAUGGCACACGCUUUGAUACAGCCAAAGUGUUUGUGAAUGUGACAGACGCCAACACUCACAGACCCGUGUUUCAGAGCUCUCACUACACUGUCAACAUCAAUGAGGACCGGCCCAUGGGCACCACUGUGGUCAUCAUCAGCGCCACAGACGAUGACACUGGGGAAAAUGCUCGCAUCACAUACUUCAUGGAUGACAGCAUCCCUCAGUUUGACAUUGACCAGGACACAGGCGCUGUGACCACUCAAAUGGAGCUGGACUAUGAAGACCAGGUUUCAUACACUCUGGCCAUCACAGCUCGAGACAACGGCAUCCCACAGAAGUCUGACACCACAUAUCUCGAGAUUCUGGUUAAUGAUGUGAAUGAUAACGCUCCCCGCUUCCUUAGAGAUCACUAUGUGGGUUCUGUUAUGGAGGAUGUGCCGCUCUACACUAGUGUGGUCCAGGUGUCCGCCACGGACAGAGACUCAGGGCUCAAUGGACGCGUCUUCUACACUUUUCAGGGAGGAGAUGAUGGGGAUGGAGACUUUAUCAUUGAGUCCACUUCAGGUAUUAUCCGAACUCUGCGCAGGCUGGACAGAGAAAAUGUGCACGUUUACAGCCUGCAGGCUUAUGCUGUGGAUAAAGGACAUCCAGCUUUAAGAACAGCCAUAAACAUCCAAGUGACAAUCUUAGAUGUGAAUGACAACCCCCCUGUGUUUGAAAAAGAUGAGUUUGACAUUUUUGUGGAGGAGAAUAGCCCUAUAGGUGUAGCAGUAGCACAUGUGUCUGCCACUGACCCAGACGAGGGGAGUAACGCACAGAUCAUGUAUCAGAUAGUGGAGGGGAACAUCCCAGAGGUUUUUCAGCUGGAUAUUUUCUCUGGUGAACUAACCGCAUUAAUAGACCUGGAUUAUGAGGUCAGAAAUGAGUACAUCAUUGUAGUACAGGCCACCUCCGCCCCCCUGGUCAGUCGCGCCACUGUCCACAUCAAACUAGUGGACAAAAACGACAACAUCCCUGUCCUGAAAAACUUCCAAAUCAUCUUUAACAAUUAUGUCACAGACAAAUCCAGCAGUUUUCCCACAGGAGUGAUCGGCCGCAUCCCCGCUUAUGACCCUGAUGUGUCAGACCAGCUUCUGUACAAGUUUGAAACCGGGAAUGAGUUGAAUUUAGUGCUGUUGAACCACACAACAGGGGAGAUCCAGCUGAGCGAAGCGCUAGACAACAACAGGCCCCUGGAGGCUUCCAUGAGGAUCUCUGUGUCUGAUGGGGUGCACUCUGUGUCCGCUCAGUGCCUCCUUCAGGUCACCAUCAUCACAGACGAGAUGCUGUCCAACUCCAUCACUGUGCGACUGGCCAACACCUCUCAGGAGCACUUUCUUUCUCUGCUCCUGUCCCAGUUUUUGGAUGGUGUGGCCCGGGUGCUGUCCGCAGCCCCGGAAGACGUGGUCAUCUUCAACAUUCAGGACGAUACCGACGUCAGUGCGAGAAUCUUAAACGUUAGUCUCUCUGUAGCUGUGCCAGUCCCAGAGGAAACAGUUGGGACGGGACACUUGGGGGACAGGGGGGUUACAGUUGGAGGAGCAGAGUUUUUCGGCUCAGAGGAGCUGCAGGAAAGACUGUAUUUAAACCGCAGUCUUCUGGCACAAAUAUCCUCUCAAGAAGUCCUCCCUUUUGAUGACAACAUCUGCCUGCGUGAGCCCUGUGAGAACUACAUGAAGUGUGUGUCUGUGCUGAAGUUCGACAGCUUGGCCCCCUUUGUUUCAUCAGACACAAUUCUCUUCAGACCCAUCCACCCAAUCAACGGGCUGCGCUGCCGCUGUCCCACCGGCUUCACUGGAGACUACUGUGAGAUAGAGAUCGACCUGUGCUACUCCAAACCCUGUGGACCCCAUGGGGUGUGCCGCAGCCGGGAGGGGGGCUUCACCUGUGAAUGCCAUGACGACUUCACCGGGGAGCGAUGUGAGCUGUCUGCCCGCUCCGGCCGCUGCGCACAGGGGGUCUGUAAAAAUGGGGGCAUGUGCGUAAACCUGCUGGUCGGGGGCUUCAAGUGCGAUUGUCCUCCCGGGGGAUACGAAAAGCCCUACUGCGAGAUGACCACACGUAACUUCCCUCCUCACUCAUUCGUGACUUUCAAAGGGCUCCGGCAACGCUUCCACUUCACCCUGUCUCUUACAUUUGCCACUAAAGAACCUAAUGGGUUACUGUUGUACAACGGACGCUUCAAUGAGAAACACGACUUCAUUGCAAUGGAGAUCAUCAAUGAGCAGAUACAACUAACCUUUUCAGCUGGUGAGACAAAGACUACAGUUUCCCCAUACAUUCCUGGAGGAGUCAGUGAUGGACAGUGGCAUGUGGUUGAAGUCCACUAUUACAAUAAGCCUGUCCUGAACCAGGCCGGUCUCCCACAGGGCCCCUCUGACCAGAAGGUUGUCGUGGUGACGCUGGACAACUGUGACUCCACCUUGGCCUUAAGAUAUGGUCAUGUGAUUGGAAACUACACCUGCUCAGCUCAGGGCAGCCAGUCCGGAUCCAAGAAAUCUCUAGACCUGACGGGCCCGCUGCUCCUCGGAGGCGUCCCUAAACUCCCAGAAGACUUCCCUGUUCAUAACCGACAGUUUGUGGGCUGUAUGAAGAACCUACGCAUUGACAACCAGCACAUAGAUAUGGCUAGCUUCAUCGCUAACAAUGGCACUCUUCCAGGAUGCUCUGCGAAAAGACAUUUCUGCAACAACAGCCCAUGUCAAAAUGGAGGCACCUGUGUGAACCUGUGGGGGUCCUUCAGCUGUGACUGUCCGCUUGGGUUUGGGGGACAACAUUGUGAGAGAGUGAUGGCCAGUCCUCAGAGGUUUUUGGGGAAUAGUUUGUUGCAGUGGAACAACAUUGCCGCCUCUUCGACAUCGUGGCAUGUUGAGUUGAUGUUUCGGACACGACAGGCAAGUGCCACUGUUCUUCACAUCUCAUCUGGACAGCAGCACAACCUCACUCUGCAGCUGCGUGCUGGGAGUGUAUUGAUGGCGCUGCACAGAGGGGAGGACUCGACCCUGUCCCGAGUGGAGGAAGUUUUGGUGAAUGAUGGAGAGUGGCAUCAUCUACAGUUGGACAUUAGCAGUUUAGGAGGAGUGGCAAAUCUGCACAAAGCUGUACUGUCUGUGGACCUGGGGCUCUAUCUGGCCAGUAUGGAGGUGGAUGGGAGGCUGCGGGACUCCAAGCUGAAGGCAGUUAGCGUUGGUGGUUUCCCAAUGCCUGAUGGGAAAAUUCAACAAGGCUUCCGUGGAUGUAUACAGGGAUUGCGUGUUGGUGGCGCUCUGAGUCUGUCACAGGCCAGAAAGGUCAAUGUGGAACCAGGCUGUAACAUCCCGGAUCCCUGCUCUUCAAACCCCUGUCCCAAAAACAGCUACUGCAGCAAUGACUGGGACAGUUACUCUUGCACCUGCCUCCCUGGAUACUUUGGCUCAAACUGCACUGACGCUUGCAGCCUGAAUCCCUGUGAACACAAAUCGACUUGUACCAGAAAACCCUCUCCUCGUGGUUACUCCUGUGACUGCCCCAGUAAUUACUUUGGAAACUACUGCGAGAAAAAGACUGACCUACCCUGUCCCAGAGGCUGGUGGGGCCAUAAGACCUGUGGCCCCUGUAACUGUGACACAAGGAAAGGCUUUGACUCCGACUGCAACAAGACGAGUGGAGAGUGUCGCUGCAAGGACAACCACUACCGUCCCAAUGGCAGCGAUGUGUGUCUGCUGUGCGACUGUUACCCGGUGGGAUCCUUCUCACGAGCAUGUGACAGAGAGACUGGGCAGUGCCAGUGCAAACCGGGUGUGAUCGGGCGCCAGUGUGACCACUGUGACAACCCCUUCGCCGAGGUGUCUCCCAACGGCUGUGAAGUCAUCUAUGAUAGCUGCCCCCAGGCUAUUGAGCAGGGGAUUUGGUGGCCGAGGACUAAGUUUGGUCUCCCAGCUGCGGUGCACUGUCCCAAGGGAACUCUGGGAACUGCAAUUCGCCACUGUGAUGAGCACAAGGGCUGGCUGCCCCCCAAUCUGUUCAACUGUACCAGUGUUACAUUUAGCAAGCUGGAAGCCCUGUCUGAAAAGUUAGGCCGUAAUGCCUCGCUGUUGGAUUCGAGCCGUGUCCAGCAGACUGCAGCCAUGUUGGCCAAUGCCACUCUUCACACAGAGAAGUACUUUGGCAGUGAUGUGAAGGUGGCCUACCACCUCACCAAGAGACUGUUACAGCACGAGAGCACCCAGCAAGGAUUCAAUCUCACAGCCACCCAGGACGUCCACUUCACUGAGAAUCUGGUACGUGUGGGCAGUGCCAUCCUCUCCCCGGAGACACGGCCGCACUGGGACCUGAUCCAGCGCUCAGAUGGGGGCACAGCGGCACUCCUUAGACACUUCGAGGAAUACGCCAACACCCUGGCACAAAACAUGAGGAAGACUUACCUCAGCCCCUUCACCAUUGUCACACCACAUAUAGUCAUCUCUGUGGAUCGCCUUAAAAAGACAAACUUUGCGGGAGCCAAACUGCCCCGGUAUCAGGCGCUGAGAGGUCCUCGCCCUGUGGAUUUGGAGACAGCUGUGACCCUACCAGACUCAGUGUUCCAGCCCCCUCCAGUGGACACUAAAGGUCACAGACAUUUGGACGUUUUCCCCGAUUCAUCUCAGAAAAACCGCUCCAUGAACCGCCAGAGGAGACAUCCCAAUGAGGACCAGCAAGACGCAGUGGCCAGUGUCAUUAUCUUCCACAGUCUGGCUCCACUGCUGCCCGAAAACUACGACCCAGACAAAAGAAGUCUUAGAGUCCCAAAGCGUCCAGUUAUCAACACACCAGUGGUCAGUAUUACUGUCCAUGACAACGACGAGCUCCUUCAGCACCCACUGGACAAACCCAUCACAGUGCAGUUCCGCCUUGUGGCCACAGAGGAGCGCUCUAAACCCAUCUGUGUCUUCUGGAACCACACCAUACUUAGUGGAAGUGGGGGCUGGUCAGCGAAGGGUUGUGAGGUGGUUUUCAGAAAUAGUACUCACAUCAGCUGUCAGUGUUAUCACAUGACGAGCUUUGCAGUGCUCAUGGACGUCUCCAGGAGAGAGAACGGAGAGAUCCUGCCAGUCAAACUCCUGACGUGGAGCACAGUAGGGGCGACUCUGGGCUUCCUCUUCCUCACCUGCAUCUUCCUCCUGAGUCUGAGGGCUAUGCAGAGCAACAAGACCAGCAUUAUCAACAAUGGGACCAUCGCACUCUUCCUCUCCGAGCUCAUCUUCAUUCUGGGCAUCAAUCAGGCUGACAACCCGUUUUUGUGUACGGUCAUCGCCAUUCUGCUGCACUUCUUCUACCUCUGCUCCUUCUCCUGGCUGUUCCUGGAGGGGCUGCACAUCUACCGCAUGAUCAGUGAAGUCCGAGACAUCAACUAUGGACCAAUGAGGUUUUACUACCUGAUCGGCUGGGGCGUACCUGCCUUCAUCACUGGUUUGGCUGUUGGUCUGGAUCCUGAAGGCUACGGGAACCCUGAUUAUUGCUGGUUGUCAAUGUAUGAUACUCUGAUUUGGAGCUUUGCUGGACCAAUCGCGAUUGCUGUGUCGAUGAAUAUUUUUCUUUACAUUCUAUCCUCAAAAGCCUCCUGCUCACCCAAACACCACAGCAUUGAAAAGAAAGAGCCCCGAAUAGCGGGUUUGAAGACAGCAGGUGGGGUACUCUUCCUGGUUUUGGUCACAUGUUUCCUGGCAUUGCUGUCUGUCAACAGUGACAUCAUCAUUUUCCAUUACCUGUUUGCGGGAUUCAACUGUUUACAGGGCCCAUUCAUAUUCUUCUUUCGAAUUGUAUUUAACAAAGAGGCGAGGACUGCAAUGAAAUACUGCUGCAGCCGCAAGCGCCCAGAUCACAUGAUGAAGUCUAAAGCCUCUAUUUACAAAUGCAACACAAACUACAAAGACGGCAAGUUGUACCACCUUCCUUUCGCAGACUCUAGUAUCUCUCUGAACGGCACCAUGCAGAGCGGAAAGAGCCAACAGAGCUAUGUGCCAUUUGUCCUUAGGGAUGACGGUUUAAACAACAGCCAAGCACAAAUAGCUAUGAAUGACCACAUGGCCCACUUUCCUGAGAAUAAAGACCCUGAUGACCAUGACAGCGACUCAGACAGCGACUUGUCUUUGGAGGACGAUCAGAGUGAAUCCUACGCCUCGACCCACUCCUCCGACAGUGAGGAUGAGGAUGGCCCCCUUCCUCCUGAGGAAUGCUGGGAAAAUCUGGCAUCCAAUGGGACAAAAAGGCCACCAGAUAACGGUAUGACAAAAACAUACUGGCCCGACUACCCGGGCUCAGGCAGUGACAGUGAACUCAAAGUCACAAAUUCAGAAUCAAAUCUGAGGACAAUACCAGAGGCACGUUCACUGGACUCCACCACCGUGCAGAUACCGGGACUAUCCCACCUCAACACACACCCACACAAAGGCAUCUUAAAAAAGAAACUCUCUCCUAUUGUGGAGAGAAAUGGAGGGAACCGUAUCAACAGUGAUUUGGUGGAUACAGUGGCGUCCUCUCAUGGGUCAUCAUCCAGUGAAGGACGGCCUGGUCCAGCUAAACCCACUCUGCAGGACCAGCUCAACGGGGUGGUGCUCAGCAUCAAGGCCGGGACGGUAGAUGGAGACUCCUCAGGAUCAGAGUCAUAGAGCCUCCCUCUCCAGUAUGGACUUCUUCACAAAUACCCAAUGGGACAAAACAAAGGAUUCAGUCUCUUAGCCUCUGAAAGAGCGUCGAUGUAUAUUUAUAUCAUGUUGUGAAUGGACAAAGAGUGCUCAAAGUGUUGUGCCAAAACCUCAGGAGUCACUGCACUGUCACAUAUUGUCCCUUUAAAAAUAUAUUGUUUACAUACUUGAAGCAAUGCACUUUUGUUUAUUCCUGCCUGUAUUUGCUUGCAGGUAGUUUUCUUUCUGUUACAAUGUUUUUCUAUGACUGAAAAUAAGUCAUACUCGUGGGUCCAUAAGUAAGCAUUCAGGGAACUUUCUUUUCUUGAAUUGUUUCACUGUACGUUAAUAUUUGCAUUGGUGCCAGUUUUAUUUCAGAAGAAUAUGGUCCAAUAAAUGUCCAAAAGGCACAAAAUGGAGUCUCAUGUGUUGACACAGUAAGCUGUUUACAAGUUGCAAGUUGAUUCAUGGACUUUGUGAGGAAAAAGCAAAGAUCUUUUUGUGAAUAAGCUAUUUUACUGAAUGAAGGAGGCUUUCCAAGUCAAAAGCUGAAGAACCACUGUUCUACAUAUAAUGGAAAAGGACUACUUAAGACUUCUGAUGCCUUUCGGAGCUCAAUUUCUAAAGACAUUUAAAAUUUUCGAAUGAUGGAUGCAUUCAGAGACUUAGCAGCUGUGUUUUAUAGUUUAGCUGUGAAGUUUUGUCCUUGUAAAAUAAUGAAUUGUAUGUAAAUGUGUGCUGUAAGACUAUUGGAGAUGUUUAAACUGUACAGAGCAGCCUGUAAAUGGAAAAAGGACAUAUCUUUAAAUGAAUCUAUGAAGUAAAAGUAUCUAUACGUCCAUUACUCAUGCAGACCAUGUUUAAAAGACCAAUCUGACUUUGUACCAUUGUUUUUAAUUGUAUAUAUGGAUGCCAUUUUGACAACUUUAAACUGAAAGUGAACUACAAUGUCCUUACAAUGCCAUCAAAUGUUACAUUUCCACUGGUAUCUGUCUUUUACAACCAUUUUUUACUGAUUAAACAGUUUUAUACAA